UUGUGUUUACCGGUAGGAACAUUGUGUUAUAAGGCUUAUAAGUUUUAAAACUAUUAGGCUACAUUUUCUAGAGUUAUAGUAAUACUACAAUGUCUGGCGAAUCGUCCAACACACAGGGCGCCAAAAUCUGUGGGCUGUGUAAUGAGAACCCUAGUAAAUACUGCUGCCCCCGCUGCGAAGUAUUGUACUGCUCCUUAGAUUGCUACAGAUCCGAAAAGCACCAAGAAUGCUCCGAAAACUUCUACCGCAACUGUGUGACCGAAGAACUUGCCUCAAAUCACGUUGACGAUGAAUCUAAGAGCAAAAUGAUUGAUAUAUUAAAGCGGAUGCAUGAGCAAGACAUAGACACUGAGGAUAUUGAGGAGAUGCUAGAAAACAUGGACUCGGAUGAUGAAGAAGGUGAAGAUCUUCAUGAAAGGAUUAAAGGGCUUAAUUUAAAUGAUGCUGAUCAGCUGUGGGGAGCGUUGACAGAAGAUGAGAGGAAUGAAUUUGAGGCUCUGUUAAAUAAGGGUGAUGUGGGGGCCAUUAUGCCGCAAUGGGAGCCAUGGUGGAUGUUUAGAAAGAGAGAGAAGAAGGUAGAGGAAAUAACUAAGGAAGAAAGUGAAGCAUUGAAGAAGUGUCCAGAGUUAAAGAAGGUUCCAGCUUUUGAUUCUUUGACUACUGUCCAACCCUCCCCAGCGAUAAAGUUUAAUAUAACAAACGUCAUAGCAUCCUACGCAUUUGUGAUGCGAUACUUCAACGGGGACGUGGAGCCCCUGGAAUGGGCAACACAUUUCCUCAAUGUUUGCGCCAAUUUGGACUCAAAUGCCAAUUAUGAUGACCCUGCCAUAGCCGUUGAGUCAGUUGUGCAGAGAUGCUUACAGAGUAAACUCAUAGAAACAGACGCGCCGAGUCUGGACGUCAUGAAGCAUGACAGCUAUUUAAUCCUCCAAGGACCCAGCAAAGACCACAAACUCCACUACUGCAAAUCAGCGCUCUCAGACCUCUACAGGGUGCUACAUAAAGCCAGAUCUAUACCAAAAGCGCAGCCUGCUGAUGAGAAGAAACAAAGUAAAAUUAAAGCAUUUUCGAAGAAGUUUCCAGAGCAUGGGACUGAAUAUUUACCUCCCUUGGAUGGUAACAAAUUGAAGAAAUGUAUGAAGAAAGUUGAAUAUUAUUUGUCCUUCCUCGAAAGUCAUAGCAUGGACUUUGAAUGAGUCUGAAUGAGAAC